GUUUUUGUUCGAGGAAAUAGAAAUGAGUCCUGAUUUUCCUUACCAAACAUCACCUAAGUCUACCUGCAUUUAAGCAUCUAAUCAUAUCUAAAAACAGGAACCAUCUCUCCAACUUCAAGUAGGAAAUUCAAUUGGAUCGCAUGCUACUCUGAUUUGACACCCAACUUCCGUUUGGUUGUUGGCAAAAUAUGUGUUGAGAAAAUAUAACCGGAGGACACUCCUUUUCAUUGAGUAGUUUCCUGGAAAAUUGAAAGGCAAGACAAAAACCUAACUCACGCCAAACACAUUCACGCAAGCCUUUCCAGUUUGACACGACAGAGACACGUUUUCUCAGCAACCAAAUACGAUGACGAUCCCCUACGACAUCCACACGGUUGGUGAAACCCAGGCCAGUAUCCUCUGCAGUGAGCACAGGGAGUUGCAUAUGGCUUGCGUCGUGGAUGAAGUGGGUCCCCCGAAAUGGAGGAGGGAGAUGAGAGGAUGAUUAUAGGUUAGAGAAAGGUGAGAAAGGAGGCACCAGAAAGGUGGUUGGGGACAGAGACAGCAGAGGAUGCGAAAUGAGCGGGGAAUCGGAGAGAGAGCGAGUCAGACUGGAUAUCGCCUAUAAAUACUCAUUCUGUUUUUCCAUCCCCUGUAUCUCUUCCUAUUUUUCUUCUUUGUCUCAAUCUCUCGCCUUCUUCCUCUUCUUCUUCACACCACAUUUGUCACAGAUGGACACCUUCCUUUUCACCUCAGAAUCAGUGAAUGAAGGCCACCCCGACAAGCUCUGCGACCAAGUCUCAGAUGCCAUCCUUGAUGCUUGCCUAGAACAAGAUCCAGAAAGCAAAGUUGCAUGCGAGACUUGUUCUAAAACUAACAUGGUCAUGGUCUUUGGCGAGAUCACGACCAAGGCUAAAGUAGACUACGAGAAAAUUGUUCGAGACACUUGCAGAGGCAUUGGGUUUGUUUCAGCUGACGUUGGUCUUGACGCUGAUAACUGCAAGGUCCUAGUCAACAUUGAGCAACAGAGCCCUGAUAUUGCUCAAGGAGUUCACGGCCACCUCUCCAAGAAGCCUGAGGAAAUCGGAGCUGGUGAUCAAGGCCACAUGUUUGGCUAUGCCACGGAUGAGACACCUGAGCUCAUGCCGCUUACUCAUGUCCUAGCCACUAAGCUCGGCGCCAAGCUCACUGAGGUGAGAAAGAAUAAAACAUGCCCCUGGCUGAGACCUGAUGGUAAGACCCAAGUGACUGUAGAGUACCGAAAUGAAGGUGGGGCGAUGGUUCCUAUUAGGGUCCACACUGUUCUCAUCUCAACCCAGCAUGAUGAGACAGUCACGAACGAUCAGAUUGCCAAGGAGUUGAGAGAGCAUGUGAUCAAACCUGUUAUCCCCUCCAAGUUCAUGGAUGACAAGACCAUUUUCCAUCUCAACCCAUCUGGUCGGUUCGUCAUUGGGGGGCCUCACGGGGAUGCAGGACUCACUGGCCGGAAGAUCAUUAUUGACACCUACGGUGGGUGGGGUGCUCACGGUGGAGGUGCAUUCUCAGGUAAGGACCCAACUAAGGUGGACAGAAGCGGGGCCUAUAUUGUUAGGCAGGCUGCAAAGAGUGUGGUAGCUUCAGGGCUUGCUAGGCGCUGCCUUGUGCAGGUUUCUUAUGCAAUCGGUGUUCCGGAACCACUGUCAGUUUUUGUGGACACGUACAAGACGGGGAAGAUCCCGGACAAGGAUAUAUUGGAUUUGAUAAAGGAGAAUUUCGACUUCAGGCCAGGAAUGAUUGCUAUUAAUCUCGACCUGAAAAGAGGUGGCAACUUCAGGUUCCAGAAGACUGCUGCUUAUGGCCAUUUUGGUCGUGAUGACCCAGACUUCACUUGGGAGACUGUUAAGCUCCUCAAGAAGGCUUAAGUCGGUGGGGAGCCGGACAUUUCCUCUGCAGACGCCUUCAUACAACCCAUCACUUUGGUUGGGGGGGCAAAUAAAAAAAGCUUUAAUCCAUACAUCUCAUAUUGAGGUUUACUUUUGGGACCCACGUAUAAGGUGGGACCACAGGAUGUGUGCGUAUAUUUUAGGAGAUAAGUAAUAAGUAUUCACUGAAUGUCAAGCGCCAUUUUUGUUGUUUCUUUUUA